CGGGUGGGACGGGAUGUCCAGUCCUGGGAUGUAUAAAAGCUCCGCGGCACCUCUGCUUAGGCGUCCUGUUGCUUUGCUCCCUCUUCAGACCCUCCAGAGCUCAGGCAUCCAAGCCAGCCCGGUCCUGACCCAUCCUCUUCAUCCGAGAGCACCACCAACCAACAGCUGAGACAAACAGCAACGGAAGGAGAACAGAAAAACCAGCCCAAGGAGAACGACAGAGACAGCUUCUUAAAGUUAGACUAGUCAAGCCAGACCAGCCAGCCGUCACCAUGAGCCAGCCCACCGUCCGCACCUCUUACCGCCGCACCUUCGGCGGGCCCUCCUCUUCCAUGCACCACCACUCCUACACCCCGCUCUCCUCCCGCAUGAUGCCCCACCACCACACCAGCCGCCACUACCUGAGCUCCAUGCCCGGCGGCAUGGGUGGCAUGGGUGGCAUGGGCGGCAUGCCCCUGCGCCAGGCCUACCGGGCCCGCUCCAGCACGCCGACGCCGCGCCUCACCUACGACAAGGUGGACUUCUCGCUGGCCGAGGCCGUCAACCAGGAGUUCCUGACCACGCGCAGCAACGAGAAGCAGGAGCUGCAGGACCUCAACGACCGCUUCGCCAGCUUCAUCGAGAAGGUGCGCUACCUGGAGCAGCAGAACGCCGGCCUGGAGGCCGAGCUGGGCCAGUUCAAGGGGCAGCAGCAGCAGGGCCAGCCCAACCGCGCCAGCGACCUCUUCCAGCAGGAGAUGCGCGAGCUGCGCCGCCAGCUGGAGCUGGUGGGCAAGGACCGCGACCAGAUCCAGGUGGAGAGGGACAACCUGGCGGAGGACCUGGCCCUCAUGAAGCAGAGGUUUGAUGAGGAAAACCAGAAGAGGCAGGAGGCCGAAAAUAACCUGGUGCUCUUCCGUAAGGACGUGGAUGACGCAACCCUGUCUCGUCUGGAGCUGGAGAGGAAAAUCGAAUCGCUGAUGGAUGAGAUCGAGUUCCUCAAGAAGCUCCACGAUGAGGAGAUCCAGGACGUGCAGGUGAGCGUGCAGACGCAGCAGAUGAAGUUCGAGGUGGACACCCAGGCCAGGCCCGACCUGACCAGCGCCCUCCGCGACAUCCGCGCCCAGUACGAGAACAUCGCCUCCAAGAACAUGCAGGAGUCCGAGGAGUGGUACAAGUCCAAGUUUAAUGACCUGACGGAGUCUGCCAAGCGCAACAACGACGCCAUGAGGCAGGCAAAGCAGGAGGCCAACGAGUACCGCCGCCAGAUCCAGAGCCUCAACUGUGACGUCGAUGCCCUUAAGAGCACGAAUGAGGCCCUGCUGAGGCAGAUGCGUGAGAUGGAGGACCAGUACGGAGUGGAGGCCAACAACUACCAGGACAACGUGGUGCGUCUGGAGGAGGAGAUCCGCCACCUGAAGGACGAGAUGUCCCGCCACCUGCGCGAGUACCAGGACCUGCUCAACGUCAAGAUGGCCCUGGACAUCGAGAUCGCCACCUACAGGAAGCUGCUGGAAGGAGAGGAGAGCAGGAUUGUGAUGCCCAUGAACAUGCCCUCCAUUCGUAGUAGCGACUAUGACGACAAACCCGAACCUGGCCAUGGAAAGAAAGUUGUGAUCAAGACCGUUGAGACCCGUGAUGGAGAGGUGGUGAAGGAGUCCAGGAAGGAGAAGGACAGGGACUCCUCCCGUGACAGCCGUGACAAGAGUGACUCCCGCGACUCCCAUGAUCACCGCAGCGGAGCAGGCCAGCAGCGCGACUCCAAAGACUCCGACAGGGACGAUUAGACGCAACACCACGCUUAGCCAAUCAUAUCAAUCGAAUGUUCCAGGGUCCAGCAUAGUGUGUGUGAGCAAUUAAGGUUACAACAUCAAACAAACAAACAAAAAACAAAAUGAUGAAAAUGAAUGAAAAAUCUUACGAAUGAAAAAAUGCUGCUUUUA